CUUCAUUGGUAACAGUAAUACUUGUAUCAAUUGCCAGGCGCCGUUUGCGUUUUCUCGCACCUCUCUGUCUCUCUCUCUCUGUGAAUGUGUGUACUCCGCCAAUAUCUUCAUGAGAUGAAGCCGUCCCUGCCCGCAAAAUGAUAGAACUCUCUCUCUUCUUCAUUUAAAAUUGAAACCAAUAAAGAAACUGAAGGAGAACAUGGUGCUUAUUGCUUCCCAUCUUCUACCUCGGUGGCUUGAGGUACUUCUCAGAGAGAAGUUCUACAACGCUUGCAUAAUUCACGAAGAGGCCAAGAAGAACGAAAAGAACGUCUACUGUCUGGACUGUUGCAUCAGUCUCUGCCCUCACUGCCUAUCCCCUCACCGCUCUCACCGACUUUUGCAGAUAAGAAGGUAUGUUUAUCACGAUGUUAUAAGGUUGGAUGAUGCUGCAAAGUUGAUUGACUGUGCCUUCGUUCAAGUAAGUAGAUUCUUGAAGAUAUUAGCUCAUGCUCUUCAGUCGUACACUACCAACAGUGCAAAAGUGGUAUUUUUACACCAAAGGCCACAGACAAGGAACUUCAGGGGCUCCGGCAACUUUUGCAGCACCUGUGACAGAAGCCUACAAGACCCAUACCUCUUCUGCUCCCUCUCCUGCAAGAUUGAUCAUCUCAUCAGGACGGAAGUUGAAAUCUCGAAGUAUCUCUUCGAUUGCAAGUCCUUGUCCUUACCUGAGCCGGGUUUAGAGGACUGUUCAAUUACUGCCGACUCUGUCCUUGAACCUACCGGUUCGAGCCGGACCUCCUCUGGGUCGGGUGGAUGUGGUGGGGUGGACUGCAGGACACUUGCUUGCACUGCCACAACUGAGGUUGUGAGGAAGAAGAGGACUAGCAUGUCGGUGUAUGGGUCGGCUUGCCGGCCGGUAUGUUCGCCAGUCCCAGAAAUUUCGGCGAGUUUGAUGAACCGGAGAAAAGGAACUCCACAAAGAGCUCCACUUUAUUGAAUUUCACUGCUGAUCGGUAGAGAGAGAGAGAGAGAGAGAGAGAGAGAGAGAGUAUUAGAGGGAGGUUUGGGAUAAAUUUGGUGUUUAAUUACUUUUCCUUCAGAGUUUAGACUAAUUUCAGGAUAAGGGAAGUCUCCCAAUUUUGUUGAGAAUGAGGACUCUCCUAUCUCUCUUCUCCAGUGGGUGGCUGGAUAUUUUUUUUUUUUAGUUUCUAUUUUUUACAGACUCAGAAUACUAACAAAAGUUUGCCAGUUAUAUUGCUACCUACUCCCAUGGCUAUGGGGUUAUAUAAUUUACUUUUCAAAGAUUUGUACUGCCA